AUGAGAUUAUUACCAUUUUAUACUUUUUCUCUAAUCUUCUUAUCCACCGUCGUUUCUUCUCAAUCACCGUCGACCUUCCACAAAACGCUGCGUUGUACAUCCUCCGAUAACAUCACCGAGCUCGUGGUCGCAACUUUAAACCAAACCAUCUCGUUGGUCAAUCUGUCUUCCUCCAACUUCUCCGAUCUCCAAAACCGUAUCGGCUCCAACAGCAGCCAUCGCGACCGUUGCGCAUUCCAAGACUGUCUCGAGCUAUUCGAUGACACCGUCUUUGAUCUCACCACCGCGAUCACGGAGCUCCUAUCUCCUUCUCCGGCGAUCCACAACGUCAAUAUGUUGCUUAGCGCCGCGAUGACGAAUACCGGAACGUGUCUCGAUGGCUUCUAUUCAAGCGACGACGAAGAGAACUCGAGUAAUGAUAACAAGACGUAUGGAGUGGCUGAGAGCAUGAAGGAGAGUCUUUUCAACAUCUCUAGACACGUCGGAGAAUCACUAGCGAUGCUUGAGAACAUUACAGUGAAUAUUCCGGGGAGAUUAGAGGAUGAUGUUGGGUUUCCGAUGUGGGUUUCAGGGAGUGACCGGCAACUCCUUCAAGAUCCGGUGAAUGAGACUACGUUUGAUCUCGUUGUGGCUCAAAAUGGUACCGGAAACUUCACAACCAUCGGAGAGGCCUUAUCGGCCGCUCCCAACUCGAGCGAAACAAGGUUUGUGAUAUAUAUAAAAAAUGGAGUAUACAUCGAAAACAUUGAAAUAGCGAGGGAGAAGACGAUGAUAAUGUUUGUCGGGGACGGAAUCGGACAGACAGUAAUAAAAGCUAACCGGAGCUACGCAGAUGGAUGGACCGCAUUUCACUCUGCUACCGUUGGCGUGAGAGGUAAUGGCUUCAUAGCUAAGGACAUAUCAUUCGUAAACGAUGCAGGAGUGACCAAACACCAGGCUGUGGCGUUGCGUAGCAGUUCUGACCUAUCUGCUUUCUACCGAUGCAGCUUCGAAAGCUACCAAGACACCAUAUACAACUGUAGUAUCUAUGCUCGUAGACCAAACCCUAAGCAGAACAUCAUAUACACCGCUCAAGGUCGAGAAGAUCCACGUCAACCAACGGGUAUCUCUAUAGUUAACUGCAAGAUCUUGGCCGCAUAUGAUUUGAUCCCAGUGAAAGCUAACCACAAAGCAUACCUAGGUCGUCCUUGGCAACUAUAUUCAAGAACGGUUAUUAUAAAAUCGUUUAUUGACGAUCUUGUGGAUCCUGCCGGAUGGUUGAAGUGGAAAGACGACUUUGCACUUGAUACGUUAUAUUAUGGAGAGUAUAUGAAUGAAGGACCCGGUUCGAACAUGACAAACCGGGUCAAUUGGCCCGGUUUUAAACGGAUUGAAACCGCAGUGGAAGCAGCCCAAUUCACUGUUGGUCCGUUUAUCGAUGGUAACACAUGGCUAAACUCUACGGGAAUUCCCUUUACUCUUGAUCUCUAA